AUAAUGGAUGACUUUGAAGAAGCUCCAAGUAAUAAACCAUUGCGCUUACCAAAGAAAGCGGCUAAAGUUAAAAAUAAAGCUCCAGCAGCUUUACAAAUAACAGCAGAGCAGUUGUUGCGAGAAGCGAAAGAACGAGACUUAGAAAUUGUUGCACCACCGCCACGCACAAAAAUAUCAGAUCCAGAGGAAUUGGCAGAGUAUCAAAGAAAGCGAAGAAAAGAAUUCGAAGACAAUAUUCGGAAAAAUCGGUCCCAAAUAGCAAACUGGGUUAAAUAUGCUAAAUGGGAGGAAAAUAUAGGCGAGAUGCAACGAGCUCGUUCUGUAUUUGAACGUGCACUUGAUACGGAUCACCGUUCAAUUACUCUGUGGCUUCAGUAUGCUGAAAUGGAAAUGAGAAAUAAACAGGUUAAUCAUGCACGAAACAUUUGGGAUAGAGCAGUCACUAUUUUACCUCGAGCUACUCAGUUUUGGUUGAAAUAUUCAUAUAUGGAAGAAUUAAUUGGCAAUAUACCAGGAGCAAGACAAGUGUUUGAACGAUGGAUGGAAUGGGAGCCACCUGAACAAGCUUGGCAGACUUACAUCAAUUUUGAGUUGCGUUACAAAGAGAUUGAUCGUGCACGUACUAUUUGGCAGCGCUUCCUUCAUGUUCAUGGACAUAAUGUAAAGCAGUGGUUACGUUAUGCGAAGUUUGAGGAAAGAUUCGGCUAUAUUGGAAAUUCUCGCGUUAUUUAUGAACGGGCCUUGGAAUAUUUUGGGGAUGAAAAUUUAAGCGAAGCGUUAUUGAUUGCAUUUGCUCAAUUUGAAGAGCGACAGAAAGAACAUGAAAGGGCGAGAGUUAUUUACAGAUAUGGUUUGGAUCGCCUUCCAGCAAGUUCAACAGAAGAAAUAUUUAAACACUAUACAAUACAUGAGAAAAAAUAUGGUGAAAGAGCAGGAAUCGAGAACGUAAUUGUUAGCAAACGUCGUCAUCAAUACGAAAAACAAAUCGCUGAAAACUCAUAUAAUUAUGAUGCUUGGUUUGACUAUAUUCGUUUGCUUCAAAAUGAGUGUGUUGACCGUGACGAAAUGGAAGAUACAUUCGAAAGAGCAAUCGCUAAUAUACCUCUGCAACCGGAAAAAAGGUAUUGGCGGCGUUAUAUUUAUUUGUGGAUAAAUUACGCACUUUAUGAGGAGCUGGAUGUUGGAGACAUAGAAAAAGCACGCCAGGUCUAUAAAGUUUGCCUACAAGUUAUUCCUCAUAAGAAAUUCACUUUUUCAAAAAUAUGGAUUAUGUUUUCUCAUUUCGAAAUACGACAACUGCAGAUAUUGAGCGCACGCAAAAUAAUGGGUAAUGCAAUUGGAAUGUGUCCAAGAAAUAAACUCUUUCGAAGUUAUAUAGAUCUCGAAUUGCAACUACGUGAAUUCGAUCGAUGUCGAAUAUUAUAUGGAAAAUUUUUAGAAUAUGGUCCAGAAAAUAGUAACACCUGGAUAAAAUUUGCGGAAAUGGAAACUCUUCUUGGUGAUGUUGAUCGUGCACGUGCAAUUUUUGCUUUAGCUGUGCAGCAAGCAGCUUUAGAUAUGCCUGAGGUUUUAUGGAAAGCAUACAUUGAUUUCGAAGUAAAUCAAGAAGAAUAUAAUAGAGCUCGAGAAUUGUAUGGUGACCUUCUGGAACGAACCAAUCAUAUAAAGGUUGAACUGUUUUGGGUCUGGAUCAGUAUGGCGGAAUUUGAAUUGCAUAUCGGUGACGUUGAAAGUGCUCGAAAAAUAUACCAGCGAGCAAACACAAGUCUCACAAAUGGAGAAAAAGAAGAGAGGUCAUUGCUUCUUGAGUCAUGGAUGGAGUUUGAGACAAAGCACGGGAAUGAGGAAUCGGUUUCUCGCUUAAUGCCUAGAAAAGUAAAGAGGCGUCGUCAGAUUCAAACUGAAGAUGGUGUAGAUGCCGGUUGGGAAGAAUAUUUUGAUUUGAUAUUUCCAGAUGAUCAAACGGCAAAAGGAACAAUGAAAUUAUUCGAAGCUGCGAGAAGGUGGAAAGAAAGGCUUGCUGAAAAUGAUAUACCUAUUGAAAAAGAUGUGGAUCGAGAUGUAAAAGAAGAAGUAACGGAGAAGAGGAGAAAUAUUCGUGAGGAUGAUUCAGAUACUGAUAUAUCAUCCUCAUCAAGUAGUGAAUCAGAGACAAGUUCUGACUCUGAAGACAGUGAUUCUGACUCAAGCUCGAGACAAUCUUAA